ACGCCUUCGAUUCCAUGCCGGCGUUGUCCUUCUCUGCAUUGUAGAUCUUUUCUUGGUGCAGCACACCUAUUCCUCAUGGGGGUCCGGCUGUCCUUGGAUUCAUGAUCACCUUCCGCUUGCUGUGGUUUCCUGUUCCUUUCCUCGCUACUUUUGCUACAAUCGCACGCAUCGCCCUCAUCUCAUGACCUGGCCGAUAUAUUCCCCGGAAUGCGGACCUUGGGGAAUUCGCCCGCUAUUCGAAUGAGGUUCAAUUGAAAGUCCUCGAGCCUGCGCAUGACGUCUUUUCAUCCUCCGUCUCACCGCUCUGUCUCUCUGUCAUCAGCUUAUCCAUCGAAUCUGCGAUCGCUGAUAAAGUCAUGUCAAGCUCCCAAUUCACCGCGCAGCAGGACGCGGCGCCCGCGCCGGCGGAUGGCAAUACUGCAAUCCCGCCACGAAAGAGGAGGAAACGCGCACCUGCUGCUGGUGCACCUGUGGACUGUUUCACCUGUACCAGUCGCAGUGUCAAUUGCGACCGCCGGAGACCGUACUGUUCCCGAUGCUUGGACGAUGGCAAAGACUGUGCCGGCUACAAAACUCAAUUGACCUGGGGAAAUGGAGUGGCAAGUAGAGGCAAGCUGCGUGGCCUUUCACUGCCCAUUGCUGGCACUCAGAAGCUCUCCGCGCCCACUUCACCACCCAGGCCAAAGAAGAGACCGUUGCCGCCGCCAUCUCCGUCCCGGCUGCCUCAGCUACAACACAUUCUGAAUGCUGCCCCAGAAGCUCUCCCGGUUCCCCCUCCGGCUAUGCGAUCUCCAGAAGCCGCUGCCAACAAUGCACCGUUCCACUUUGGGCUAUCCCAUCCUCCUCAUAUUCCACCCUCUUAUCCCACGACGACUCGCUCAUGGAGCCCACCGGCAGAACUUCCCGGCGUCAAAAUAGCGCCGAGAGUCUCUUCAUAUCCAGCCCCGUCCUGGGCACCAUCCGUUGUCCGCGGUGCUUCUAUUGGUGCUGGGCUUAGACGACCUAGUGCUGCAUACAGCGGGAGCGACCGAGUAUCACCGAUGUCUCAUUCCCCCCCAUCGCCCGAAUCAGCAUAUUUCGGACGAGUCUUGAACCCCAACUCGACAGGUGUGCCGGUCACCUUGCCCCCGUAUCCCGAAUCGCCUCGAGUUACCUCCCCAUUUGGUGGGUCAUUUCCCGACACCGGGCAGUUUCCCAUUUACCAGAGACAGGACGAUUCCCCUUUCCGCAACGAGCCAGCUGCUCAGGCACUCCUGCCGCAAGAAAUGGAACCAUCCCAGGCCCAGAGCAUCGACGAAGUGGUUGAUGGAGAGGUUGAGGAAGUCCCUCGAGUCCCGUUUGAGAGUGAAUGUGCCAUUGUGGAAGAUGAUUUUGCGGUAGGCUUUCCCGAGUGGUCACUCCACGACUACAGUCUUUCGCUCUCGCCUUUUGCUGGUGUAACAGCUAUUGGAGCAACGCCACGGAUGCAGUACCUCAUACAAUACUACACCCAGGUCAUUUCGCCUGUGAUCGUAGCCUUUGACGGGCCUUCCAAUCCAUAUCGAACACAAAUUCUGAGGCUAGCGGGAAGGAGUGAAACUCUCCAACACGCGAUAGCCGCAUUGGCGGCGAGUAACCUGAGACAGCGGCGGGAAACAGGGCUAUCUACGUGCAAGACAGAUCCUGCGAGGCGGUCAUCCAUGGCCCAUCUCACUCUCACGAAAGAGGAGUGGCAAGAGACGGGCUUGUUGACUCCGCAAGAGCAAGCGCGCGAAGAAUCACUGCAUAAAGGGAUUGCCAUCCAAUCCCUCAACCUGCAGCUUGCUAACCCAGUCCAGCGAAUGGACGACUCGAUUCUGGCUACACUACUUAUCUUGUGUCUAUUCCAUAUUUGCGAUUCUGGAGUUGCGAAGUUCCGCACACAGUUCGCCGGUGUCAAAAAACUCCUUUCCUUACGCAAGAAUGAUCCAGGGCUGAACACGAGGGAAGCCAAAUGGUUUACUCGGAUGUUUACGUGGUUUGAUGCCAUGACUGCCACGGUCAAUGAUCGCGAGGGACAGCUCCAGGGCUACCAUCUCGAUGUAUCUGCCCUCUCCGAUGAGGAGUGGGCAUUGGAGAAUCUUGCUGGGUGUGAUGGGAAUCUGUUCAAGAUCAUCGCUAAAUUGGGCAGGCUGAACGUGUUGAGCCAAGGCAGAUCUGUUGAAGAAAGUCCCGCUAUUGUGUCUCGACCACUGCCCACAAUGCCAUCUGCAUUACAUUUUGAUUACAGCAAAUUUGAUGGCAAUGGCUGGACGCGGAUUGCGGAGGACGACGAAUUGUUCAACGACAAAGUAACCGAGUCCGAUGUCAAAACGCAGUUCUGGCGAGAAUGGAAGGAGAUUCGACAUGCCUUGUUGGCCUGGCAGCUGGAUCCCUCGAUAUUCGACUGCCCGAACCCCGGAGCGCCCUAUUUGACCGAUGAGCAGCGUCUUGAUCUCGGCAACAUAUCCGAGUCCUUCAGAUAUUCCGCGCUCUUAUAUACGGAGCGUCUAGCCCAUCCGCAAGCCCCCAGUACGGACUCGGCCAUCCGCGGGUGGGUACAAGAAUGCCUGAAGUAUAUCAAAGCCGUCAGGUCGGACGUGUACCUCCUCUGGCCGUUGUUCAUCACCGGCAGCGAGUGCGUCGAUGACCUCGAUCGUGAGGUGAUCCGCCAGCGAUGUCUGGACAUCCAAAAGGACAGUGGAUUUCUCAACAACAAGAGUUGCUUGGAGCUUUUGGAGAAGGUGUGGCGCAAUUAUGACGACAAGCGGAAACAGAAUCUGGCUAGCAGCAAGAGCGUGGAUUUCGAUGGAGUUGCGGAUGACGAAACCGGCUUCAGAUUUACGACUAUUAUGAGAAUGGAGAACAACCAGGGCGAGUAUAUUGUCGUCUGAUCGGCGCGUAUAGGUUUCGGAAGAGGUGAACAGGCUCACGGGGUGGGAUGCGAUUGACUGUGACAUAUGUACUGGAGAAGAUCUCGGAGACUCUUGACGAAAGAAUGAUGGCGCUAUUUGGUUAUUGUACAGUAGGAAAAGUUUUUGAAGGCUUGAUUGGUGGUUGUGAAAUCCAUAACUGAUACCAUUGUUGACACUGCAGACGAAAUGCAAUCUUUCCC